CAACACAGCAGCAGCAGCAGCAACAACAGCAGCAGCAGAAGCAUAGCGUGUGGCCUUCAUGGAAGCUGCUAAAAAUAUUAAUAAUUGCUGCUAAUCUAAUAAGAGUCCACUGGUAAGCGCCUUCGAUUGUAGAUAUAUUCUUUCAUUGCAUCCACUGGAUGCAGCGAAACGGAAUACGGCCAUACCUGGAUAGAGUGAAAUCAUCAUCGGCAGCGCUAGCUCACCUUGUCUCUGACGUACAUAGUUGUCUAACCAGUGUUUAAUCAUAGCUAAUUAGCGACAGUGUCACACAAUGCCCGCGUCAACAUCUGUUAUUGCCGACUUGUGCAUAUAUCUUCUGACCUGGAAUGUGGGCACCCACUCGCCAAAGGACCUGUCGCUGACAUCCAUGUUGGAGCUAAAUGGCACUACCAGCUGUCCACAGAACAAGCUACCCGACAUUUAUGUGGUUGGCAUGCAGGAGGUGAGCACAAAUCAGGUACUGAACAUCUUUCAGGAUGAUCCCUGGGUGCUCAAAUUGGCCAGUGCGUUAAGCGAAUAUGAGUACGUUAAGGUAGAGUCGAAGCAGCUGCAGGGCAUCCUUAUUACCAUGUUCGCCCAACACAAGCACAUACCGCACAUGAAGGACAUCGAGACAGAUGAGACGCGCACUGGUUGGGGCGGGGUAUGGGGCAAUAAAGGAGCCGUGAGCAUACGACUUAGUCUAUACGGCACUGGUGCCGUAUUUGUUUGCUCCCACUUGGCAGCACAUGAUGCCAAGCUGAAGGAACGCAUAGAAGACUACCACCAGAUUGUGGACAACCACAAGUAUCAUGUGAAAGGCUACCCCCGCAUCUUUGAUCACGACUUUGUGUUCUGGCUUGGCGACCUGAACUUCCGCUUGUCGGGCGAGAUGUCCGCCUGGGAUAUACGCAACGCUGUGGAGAAUGAAAGUUAUGAUGAGCUGCUGAAGCUAGACCAGUUGACGCUGCUCCGUGAGACGGGCAACGCGUUUAGCUUGCUGGAGGAGCAACUGCCCAAAUUUGCGCCCACUUUCAAGUUCCACGAAGGUGGCAACGAAUACAAUCUGAAGCGACGUCCGGCUUGGUGUGACCGCAUACUGCAUCGCGUGCAGGCGAACAGUUAUCCGUCCAUUAUGCUGAGCGCCCAACAAUUGUCUUAUCAGUCGAAAAUGGACUAUACGCUCUCCGACCACAAGCCCGUAACCGCGACUUUUAGCUAUAAAAUCGAAACACACAAUUUGUCCUAUACGGAUGAGGAGCUGCACGAGAUGACGCACGGGGCGGGCAGCACAAUGUCAAAUCCAUUUAAAGCCGAACUAGAAAGUUUUCAGUGAUAAAUCGAAUCAAGUGUUCCCGCCCAAAGGCAGGCAAAUGUGCAAUCUCAUAUCUCGCAUAUCACCCUAAACCACAAGUGCAAAUCAAAUAAUUUUACAAUCGCAUUACAUGAUAUAUUGUAUGAUGAAUCUCAAUGUGGCAAAGCGCAGGCUAAUCUCUCGACUGUGUAACCUCGUGACGCAAUUAUAUACAUCGCUCUAUACACGCGUAUAGUACAAUUUUGCUACAUAUCAUAUAUAAAUAAAUAUAUAUAGCAUGUUUAACUAAUUGAUGAAUCUCUGUUAUACUAAGCGAAGACAUUGUUAAAGUUCUAAAGCUGUUGAUUCAAUAAAGCAAUAUCUAUUUUUCUAUAA